GUUAUGAACUUUGAGGAUGUGGCCAUUGUCUUCUCUCAGGAGGAAUGGGGGCUCCUUGAUGAGGCUCAGAGACUUCUGUACUGCGAUGUGAUGCUGGAAAUAUUUUCACUUGUGUCAUUUGUAGGUUGUUGGCAUAAAAUCAAUGGUGAUGAGACCUGUUCUGCUCAGAGUGUAUCUAUAAAAGGAGAGUCGCAGGUCAGGGCUUCUAAGACAGCUCCAGCCACCCAGAAGAUCCCUCUGUGUAAGCGGUGUUUCUCUGUGUUAAAAGGUAUUUUGCACCUGAGUGGGUCACAUGCAGCAGACUUUGAGCAGAAAGCCUUCUGUAGUGAUGCACGUGUUGGAGAAUUCUGUUUCAGUGCAAACUCUCAUGAGCAACAGAGGAAUGAAUGUGGAGACGAGCGGUGGAAAGAAGCUAUGGACGGGGCCUCCUUUGUGAGCAGGUCCAACUUCUACUUAUCUUCGGUGCCUUCAGCCAGCAGGGAGGUUGGGGAAGACUUACAAUACAACUCAGAGCUUCCCAAGCACCAGACCACUCUCAACACUGAAGAGCUACCCUGUGGCAGUGAGAUUUCACAGAAAUUUCUUGAUGGAAAAAGUCAUCACCAUUGGGAUGAAUGUAAAGAUGCUGCCAGCCACAACCUGAAAGUUGUUCAAAGUCACGGUGACUGUUCUGGAGACCUGAUUUAUGAGUGUCACAAAUGUAGGAAAGUUUUUAGACAAAUCUUGAACCUAAUUCAACAUAAGAGAGUUCACACUGAAGCAAAGCUGUAUGAGUGUAGAAAAUGUGGGCAGUCCUUUUGUCAAAGGGCUCACCUUACUGAACACUUCAGAGUUCACACUGGAGAGAAGCCAUAUGAUUGUAGAGAAUGUGGGAAGUCCUUUCGUGAUAGGUCUAAGCUCACUGUACACCUCCGAGUUCACACUGGAGAGAAGCCAUAUGAGAGUACUGAAUGUGGGAAGUCUUUUUAGCCAAAAAAUCCAGCCUUGCUAAGCACCUGAGAGUUCACAGUGGCAACAAGCGAUA